GCCAGUGCUCACCUUCUUUGUCUCAAAAGCUUAACCAGAAGAUCAAGAAGAAGAUCGGCUAGCCAUGGCUCUUAAAAUCAAGACUCUUGUUCUUCUUCUCCUCAUACUCAUUCCCUUAUCUGGCCGUAUGGUUGAAGGCUUCAAGGAUCGCAUGAAUCCCAAUCAUCACUCACUUUACAAGGAUGGUAAUCGAAUGAUCAUGAAGUACUACUACCACUCGAGGAAGCUUCAAAAGCUUGAUUCGCUGCUGGAUUAUGAUGAUGCAGGACCUAAUCCCAAGCAUGAACCUAAUCCUAGGAAGAAUAGACCUGGAGGUAGCAGGAACCCUUAACUACAUUAAUUCCGGGACCUUUACUCUAUAUUAUCAUAUAUAUAUAUAUAUAUAUAUAUAUAUAUAUAUAUAAUAGACCAUUCCUAGUCUGGGAAGAUUGAGGCUGCGAUGAUCAUAUGUACGUGUGUGUGUUGAGAAGCAAUAUCCUAGCUAAUUAUUAUGAGAUGUAUAACCCUAGUUGUGGGUAUAGUAAGAGAGCCUAUAUAUAUAUGUUAUCAGAUCAUGUUUCCUUUCCUGUGUAAGCAGUUCGAUCUGCUGCUGUUGCUUGCAUGUCCUGGAUAUCUAUGAUGAUCUAUAUUUACAUAUGAAGUAUGAAUAAAAUUAUCAGU